GUUACUCAAGCUGUGUCCCCCUCUCAUACUGUCCCACUCACUCAAAGAGCUCAUACACUCACGCAGUGAUUUCAGACACUUAGACCAGUGCUUCGUCACACAGGCUUUAUCAGUGCUUUUAUUGCAAAAAGGUUAUCCCAUUGUGUCUCUCUUUGGCUGGGCUGAAUCUCCACCGUCUGCUCUGGGACUUGGCUUGGCUCUACCGUCUCUGUCUCUCAACCCCUCCCCCCUACAGCACCCGGAGGGUGGGACAGACUUCUUGCUGACCCGCCAUGUUUCUGGUUCUCGUUGUGACGCCGGAACUAAGGGAGUUCUUGGCCAGAGCAAGGGGUGGAGCUGUCCGCCUCAUCCAGGUGCGGAUCCAGGACGGUGAGUGACCCAGGGGACAGCGGUUGGGUCAGGAAGCAGGGGAAGGAGGGAUCUUGGUAGGACAGGAGGGAUCUUGGUAAGGCAGAGUAUACAUAAGAUUUAUAUUAAUUUGAUAACUUCAAUUAUUUCACCUUAAUUUCCUGUAUUAUGUGAGUAAAUUGAUCUAACUGUGUGUUUGUAUUAGGAUGUGUGUAUUUGUGAAAAUGUGUGUGAGAGUUAUCAAAAAAUCUAAUUCAAUUGUAUUUGUCACAUGCGCCGAAAACAACAGGUGUAGACUUUACCGUGAAAGGCUUACUUACAGGCCCUUCCCAAUGAUGCAGAGUUAAAAAUAAUAAAAAUUAAAAAUAGUAACACAAUAAAAUACACAAGAAUUAAGCUAUAUACAGGGAGUACCAUAUCACUGUGCAGGGGUACGAGGUAUUUGAGGUAGAUAUGUACAUGAAGGCAGGGGUAAAGUGACUAGGGAUCAGGAUAGCUAAUAAUACGAGUAAAAUAAAGAACAGCAGCAGCAUGUGUGUGUGUGUGCGCAAGUAGUGUGUGUGUGCAUAGAUUAGGUCAAUGGUAGGGUCAAUGCAGAAAAACGGGUAACCAUUUGAUUAACAAUAUAGCUGUCUUAUGGCUUUGGGGUAGAAGCUGUCUCGGAGCCUAUUGGUCCGAGAGAUGAUGCUCUGGUACCUUUUGCUGGACGGUUGCAGAAUGAACAGUCUAUGGCUUGGGUGGCUGAAGUCUUUGGCAAUUUUUUAGGCCUUCCUCUGACACCACCUGGUAUGUUUGUUGUUCUGCUGUUCAGUCACUUGAUUGUGUGUAUGAUGCUGAUGGAGAUGUCAUUGAGUUUAACAAAAACAAACAUUUCACAAUGUGUUGGGUAACUGAGGCCACGUGUUUGGUCAGAUGAUGCAUUCAGUCUGAUGAAAGGGAUCGCAAGAGAGACUGACAGCUUUCAACUUUGUAAUGGUGGGCAAGUUGUCAAAGAUUAUAUAAUCCAGUUGAGAUAUGAAGUGACAUUGAACUCUCAUUCAGAAGGGUUAGUGAAAGUAUGGAAAAUAUCAUCGGAGCCCUCACUGGACUCAUUGUCCAGUGUCAUGGGUAAUGAUACCCAUGACAAAACCUGACUGUUGAUUGCACCUCAGCACCUGAGGUGCAAUCAAUAAGUCUAACAUUCAUGAGACAUCAUGAUUUGUUUUCCAAUAAGAAUUACCACAUAGGUAGUGCAGCUGUUCAUCAGCUGUGUGAAAGGCAUUCAUUCUAUGUGCCAGACUGUGCAUGUGUGAAACAGACCAUGAGGCAACAGGUUGGCCUGUGAGGUUAUAAGGACAUUUCAUGAUCUGGGAUGUUUACAUCUUGUUUGGGACAUCUUGUCUGGGCCUACUGACGCUCUGUCUGGGCCAUUUGUCAUAUUAUAGUCAUCUGAGACUUUCUGACUGAUAUGGAUAUGGUGUCUGGCUCUUUUUGGGUUGUCUCUGGGUAGUUUAAGGGCUGUGUCUAGACUCGUGAUGUCUGGGCCUAUCUCCAGGGGGCCUAUGGACCAACAGUUGGGCAAGUAUGCAAGAGGGGCACAGUGACACUGUCUUAAAAGUUUUUCUGGACUGGUUUUUAUAUCCUGUUUGAGGUCUACUGUCUGUCUGCUGCUUUAUGGGGCUGUAACUGGGCUAUUGGGAUUUGUGGGUCUGUUACUGGGCUAUUGGUAUUGUUGGGUCUGUCACUGGGGUAAUCGGCUGAUAGGCAUCCAUGGGCUUGUACCAUGUUGUAUCCCAGUGUUCACUCAUGUUUUCAUGCCGAUGUUGAAAGAGAAAGAGGCUAUCUUACAAGUUGUCAUCUACCUGUGCGCUGGCUAAGUGUGUCAUUUGUGUUUCUGUUAUCUCAUUGGUUGGUUUCAUAGGUUACAUAUUCUCUCAGUAGUCUGGUAUCCUUAGCAGUGUUGUGUUCGAGACCACCUAAAGCGAGACCGAUUCAAGACCAAGACCGGAGCAAAUCGAGACCGAGUCAAGACCAAGACCACCAUAAUAAGAGUAAAAAAUGUCCAGUAUAUCUGUGUUCAUAUUUCAGAACAACAUAUGGAUUCUUUAGACAUUCAGAAUAGUGAAACAAUGCAUGCUGAGGGAGAAUAGAUCCACAAAAUGUUACUAACCCAAACACAGUGGGGAACAAUGGGCCUUCUGCACCUUCAGAGAAGGGCUAAGGUUUUACUUUAUUUUAAAUUAUAAUAAUAUAAUGAUAUUAUUUUCAAUGAUGUUCUGAUUUAAUCUCUUCAGUUUGUGUUGGAAAGGAAAGGGUUAACACUGAAGAGAAAAAAAGAUCCAAUCAGGAUUAGUGAAAAAAUGCAUGCUGAGGGAGAAUAGAGCCACAAAAUGUUACUAACCCAAACACAGUGGGGAACAAUUGGCCUUCUGCACCUUCAGAGAAGGGCUAAGGUUGAAAAUAUAUAUAUAUUAUAAUAAUAUAAUUAUAUUAUUAUUUUCAAUGAUGUUCUAAUUUAAUCGCUUCAGUUUGUGUUGGAAAGGAAAGGGUUAACACGGAAGAGAAAAAAAUAUCAAAUCAGGAUUUGUCUUUGCUGGUCUCUGGGGAGAUAAAUCUAGCUAGCUAAGUCAGCCAUUGGCUAGGCCAUCAGAAGCUAAUAAAGGCAUCUGCCAUUCAACUGUAUUAGGGCAACAUUUUGGAGUGACAGUGGAAUCAACCAAUCGCAUGUUGACUUAAUGGGUGGGACCGUUUUUACCAAAACGAAUGGACAUGUCUGCCUUCUUGAAGGCCGACAAGGUCACCGCACAAUAGCGAGCAGUAGUUUUCCCACGUCUAGCUAGCUAGCAUUUGUCGUCGGCUAGUUUUCAGCAGCUGCAGCAGGUGUUAUCAAAGAGGAUGUUGUUUUUGCUAAUUUGUUAGCUUCUCCCUUUUCAAGAAUAACUUUCAACAAGAAAUUAAGUUUCAAAUGAUCAUCAUCUGGUGAGUGGAACAGUUUUUUUUUUUUUUGCAGCGCACUUGCUGUUGUUAGCCAUCUCUUUGAAAAUAACUUAUGUCUGUGAAACAUUGUUGCAUUUAAAGUGGAACUAGCAUUAUUUUAGCAACAUGAAAUCUUAUAAAAAUCUGUUCAUAUACACCCCCAGGAAGAAUAUGACACUUAAUUCUUUAUUUUUUCAUUCUUUUAUUUUUUUUUUUUAAAGAUAUGGUCAUUUUCACGUUUUCAUGCAUUCUUAGAAUGUUUGGGAAUUAUGUAUACUAAGGUAUUUGUGAAAAUUCUAUAGCAAUAUAGAGUGGGAAAGCAGCCAUGUGGUUGGACAAUUAAUGGACACUGCAGUCCAGGACUGGAGUCUACACAGACCUGUGCACUAUAGCCAAUCAGAGCUAAAGUAGGCUUUUGCCACAUGGGCCUGCCAUCCUUUACUUUGAACUGGACUGUGUGUUUACAGGCAGUUGCAACAGCAUGACAUUAGAUCAUUAGAACGCAUUUGCCAAAAGCCACAAAAUACACCUGAAUGGAUUUCUGCAAAUAUAUAGACACCACGGGAGUCCUCUUACAUUUGGGAACUUUACAGUCCUAUUUAUCAAACAACCAUGAAAAGGUAGGCCCUCUCUCCCUCAGUUAUGCACAUCAACAACAACAAGAACAAGAUCAUCAGCAAGAUGAGCUCAAAUCUAACGAAGGAACAUUGAUUAACCCUCUCAAACUUUUUCAGCUAGUUGGCUGUCAAAAUUGCACUGAUAAACGAUGGGGAACUAGCCUCCUAGUCUUUCUGCAGCUUGCCUGCCAAUGCAUGCUUGUCCCAACCAAGCACCCAAGCUAACUGGCUAAAGUUGGCUAGCUUGCUAGCUAACUACUUCCAGACACAAAUGAGAGAACACCUCACUCUGACCAUUUUACUGACCGUAGCAGAGCUGGUUAGGCUGUUUACAUGUUAUCUGGAGCGUUCUUGACUAAAUAUAACUUUUUUUGCCUAUGUUUACUGACACUGGUCAUAUUCAGUGGGUGUUGCGCAUUCGUAAAUUAAUCAGUAUUUCUGCGCUCUGGCACACUCAAACAAGAGUGCUCUGAAAUCGGAGUAGAUAGCCAGAGUGAAUUUGUGAACGCAAGAGAUAUGCUAACUGGAUAACAGUCGCUCAAGUUCUUGCUAGCUAUCUAAAUGACACCUGCAUCUCUAGCUGUGUAUAGCCAUUGAAAAACUAUCUAGCUAACGUUAGGCUCUGUGUUUUUAGCUUGCUACAUAAAUAGAUACGCUAGCCUAUUAGCUAGUUAUGACUGACUUGUGAUCAUUGGCCUUGCCAGUUUGAUUGUAUUGACAUUCCCAGCCUUAGUUACAUUCGUCUGUUUUUGUCCAGAAUAUUGAGUCAUUGAAACUGAAACAUUGCAUCACGAAUGGAGGCAGCAAACAAUGUACCAGGCCAUCUGUGAUUUCCAACCAGAUAGCAAUGUUUUUGGGACUACCAAGAAAUGUAUUGGUGAAUUAUUAAUCAUGCAUUGAACUGCAUCCAUCUAUUCUGCCAACAAUGCCUUAGUGUAUGUCAUGGAACGUUGAGUCAAAUAGAACCUAUUUUUAAAACCUUUUAUUAAGUUGGUUUUGUAGCAUAAACUGGGAAUUCGAUAUGUUUUACUGUCUGUUUGUUUCAUAUCUGCAAAGUUGUCAGUUCCACUUUAGUUCCCAUGAGGACAAAGGCUAUUUUAAGUUUAGGGGUUAGUUAAGGGUUAGGGUUACAAUUAGGGUUACAAUUAGGUUUAGGAAAAGGGUAAGGGGUUAGUGGCUAGGGUUAGGGUUAGGGUUAGGUUUAGGGUUUUUGUUAUGGGUAAGGGUUAGGGGUUAGGGAAAAUAGGAUUUUGAAUGGAGAUACAUUUUAGGUCCCCACGAGGAUAGAAGAACAAAACGUGCAUGUGUGUGUGUGUGUGUGUGUGUGUGUGUUUGUGUGUGACUGGCUGAUGGAAAGUAUGUGUCUGUGCUGAUAGUUGGAAUGUGUUGGAGCUCAGAAUAGCAACUGCAGUGAUAGAUGGUGAAGAAAUCCCCCUGCUCCCCCCAAGGACAUCGGACUUUUGGUCUAUGUGUGCAUGCAGGUUUAAGAAUGGGCAUGUGUGCACUUGCCUUCAUGUUUUGAUCAUCUGUUUGUGGUUGGAUGUUGUUACGUAAUUCUUUGCGGGUGUGUGUGCAUCUUGUCUGUGACCUCAUUUGAUAGUCCUGGCAAUUAGUGAUUGAUUUCUAGUAAAUACCACUAAUGCAUCACAUUGUAAACACAGCAGCUCCUCUAUCGUUGUGCAUGCAAAACUAAGUGACCCUGGAUCAUUUCAUGACUCUUUUCAGAUGUUAUAAACAUUAUUGAGAGAGGAUUAGCUAAGAGUGCCAUCAAUGACAGGACUGCCAGGCUACUGUCAAUCAGUAACAGUUUCAACCCAAUGACUUGUCUCCAUACACCAGUGAGAUUAAUACAGUAGGUCCCGAGACCUGAUGAAUAGUUAAUUGGGGAGUUGAGGCUAAUUUAAGCAAAGUGUUGACACAAAGCACGAGAGGGGGUGAAAGAUGAGGCUCAGAAGAGUGCAUGAAAUGAAAGAGAUGAAGGAUGAUGUCACAGCAAAAAUAAGAACAUUGGUUGGACUACAGUGGCUUGUGUUUGUGCGUGCUUGCGUGCAUAUGUACGUGUGUGUAGCUGAAUAAUAAAGUUUGAAGCAUGGGUCAAGGUGUGUGAUGAGUUGUGCUCUUGUUUUUCAGAGCAGCUGGUGCUGGGGGCAUUCAGAGAGCCGACACAGAGCUGGGACCAGGACUAUGACCACUUCCUACUUCCUCUGCUGGACGACCAGGAGCCUUGCUACAUCCUGUACCGCCUCGACUCCCAGAAUGCACAGGGAUACGAGUGGAUCUUCAUCUCCUGGUCUCCUGACCAAUCUCCAGUAUGUGCAAGUUGUAACUGUGCAACACAUACUCUCAUGUUCACAGCAAACACAUUUCACUGAUCCAUGUCUCAUUCACCCAUUGAUGUCCACUACAGGUGAGACAGAAGAUGCUGUACGCUGCCACCCGUGCUACAGUGAAGAAAGAGUUUGGUGGUGGUCAUGUGAAGGACGAGAUGUUUGGCACAGUGGAGGUACAUAGAAGCCAUUCAAAACCCCUUUGACGUACUCUGGUUAUUCUCUCUCACCUGACUAAUGAUGAGUCUAGACCUGUUGGCUCUCCGCCUUCCCUAAAUGGCUGACCUCUUGCUUGCUCUCACUAGGAGGACAUCUGUCUCGAGGGCUACCAGCGUCACGUGUCCUCCAGCUCCGGCCCUGCCCCACUCACAGCUGCUGAACAGGAGCUGCGGAGAAUCAAAAUCAACGAGGUGAGGGGACAAGCAUCGCCUACAGUGAUGUCGUCAACUCCACAGCUUAUUGCAGUCACUGUGUAUGUGUACAGUAUUCACCCAAUGUCUCAGUUUCAGUUUCUAACGAUUUGUUGUCGUCACUUUUCUAGGGAAGGGUUAAGCAGGUGAGUUAUUAUGAAAUGCAUGCUUGUGCCUGUGUGACCAUGUGUGUUUUCACAAACUGAGAACAGAAUGGUGAAUUCCCCCAUUAAUUAAGAUAAAGAGGCUCACACUUUCCCCUUAAAUAAUGGCCAUGCUUUUUACAGUCACCCCGCAUGAUUGACAACUAGGAUACAGAAAACUGGUUUGACAAUAGCUAAUCCAAGUAUACUAAAUACCACCACCUCAAAAAAUCUAAUGUGUCAACUUUAACAAUUUUUAAAAUGAUUGUAAACCAAAUUCAAGGUUAACAUUAUUUGAGGGGAAUUAAUAACUCUAGCCUCCUCUUUGAAGGGCAGUCACUGGCACUGUCUCUCUCUCUCUCGCUCUCUCUUGCAGAGAGAACUUACUCACAUCCUUUGAUAUCUCCCCUCUGCCAUAAAUACAAACUGACUCUUCACAUACAUGCAUGUUGGCUAAUGAGUACGGCCUUAGCCAGAUGAAACGCUGCCAGAGCAAUCAGAGAGAGAGAGACCUGUACAGUACUUUCACUUUCUCACUGAAGUUACAGAAAGUUCAGGUCAUUUUCAGAAGUAUUUUUUGCACAUCCGGAAGAGAGAUAAAAGGCCCUAGUCUAGAUUCAGAAAUUCGUUAUCAACAAUUCAACGGAGACGCACAGUAAAAGCAUUUAGAUUGGGGAUUCACAGUAUUAAGGCAUAAUGGGCAGAAAGAGAGUUGUUUGUGAUAAUGAGAACAAAACUCACUAACACAUGUUUCCUUGGCUGGGUGUAUGCUGCCCCCUGCAGGUGAAAACAGAGACCAGUGUGGAGAGUAAGCACCAAACGCUGCAGGGCAUUGCUUUCCCACUGCAGGAGGAAGCCAAACAGGCUCUACAACAACUUGCACAGAAACACAUCAACUACAUACAGCUGGUGAGCCAUAUAGAAAUGCCAUUAGCCAACCAAAUAAAAUGAUUGAUAUCUCUAGCGGCCACAUUCUCAGAGAUAAUAGCCAUGACUGACCAAAGUAUUCUGACCCAAAGCACACUGACUCAGCCAUACACAGUCAUCUCAGUAGUAACUGUGUAAUAUUUGUGUGUUGCAGAAGUUGGACACAGAGAGAGAGACGAUAGAGCUGGUCCAUUCCGACCCGACAGAGACCUGUGAGCUGCCUUGCAGGGUUCCCACGGAUACGCCCAGAUAUCACUUCUUCCUCUAUAAACACUCUCAUGAAGGGGACUACUUGGAAUCUGUUGGUCAGUUUCAGUUAUUGAUUUUCUGCCCUGAUCAUUCCUGUCUCGCUCUAGAAGCCUAGGAAAUGAGAGUUGAUCAUACAACCAACCUUCCUCCAUGUACUGGAUACAGGAUGAGAGAACAAAGGCAUUUCAUUCCAUUUAUAACAUCUGAAGGUGUAACCAUUCAACCCAAAAUGGCUUUUAUGAAGGAACUUUGAUCUUCAGAGAGUUGGUUUAAUGUUGGACCAAAACAAACUAGUGUGUGCAGAGCGGCACCAGAAUUAAAAUAAAAACACGUUACCUUUUUGUAGUUAAUAAAUCCAAUGUGAAACGUGAUAACUAUUGUAUGCUUAAAACCCUAGAGUCGAUUGUCACACCGGUGCGUCAAUCUCAGUAACAUAAAAAGAAAAUCCCCAUCAAAAUCUGUCCGUUUAAGCUAGAGAUAUCUGUUUUUUUUUGUCGCACUUCCGCAUCUACGGUGAAAGGUGGCAGAGCUAGAGGGGUGUUUGUCAGAUCAUUAAUCAUCCCAAAAAUCAGUCUUCUCACAAACAUCUGUAGCAUCCGAACGGUUAGACCUACAAACUAUGACCACUCUGUGGAAAGGGGAGACUCUCAUGAACACGAUGGUGGUCACCGUUUUGCUCUACAACCCCCUCAAGUGUCACGGGACUCGUCUGAAGGUAACCGGUACUGGUUUAAAAAAAUGAAUGGAAGUAUGAAGGUAGCUACCAAAAAAAAGGGUUAAAUAUGUGUAAAAAAAAAAAAAAGCUUUCUUAUAUCUCCUAGAUAUAGGGCAAACACUUCAAAACCUUGUUUCUUAUUAUUUAUUUUUGGACUGUCUUUUUUGCCAUUUAUGAAUGUGUUAUUCAAUGUGUUUUUCUGGGCUAUAGUAGUAAAGGCCAAAUUCAAUAUUUUAUCCAAAAAAACAUUUAUGUACUUUGUUUUAUACCUAAAGGGGUCCUAAAAUUCUAAAUCAAAUAGCUAAAUGAUCCAUAGUAUGACCAUCUCAAAAUGUUUGUCCCUGAACAUAAAAUAAUGUUAUUAACCAGCUCCCAUGCUUUUUAAAAUAAAGGUUAUGUUCCAGAACAGUAUAGAUCACUUUCUAUACUUUUGUAAUUUCCGGUUUUCUGUUCUGUUCCCUGAACUGCUUUGAAUCCCAUGUUUGAAACAGUGGCCAACAAAACCAAAGCAUGGGUUGCUGACAUACCUUGUCCAUAGACUGCUUACAGGGUAAGGAAACCAACAUGUAAUUUUGUAAUUUGGGUGAACUAUCCCUUUAACAUUAACAACUUCACCUAAUAGCACGAACAGCACCAUCUAGUGGUCAGAACCUGGUAAUAUCAGGAUGUAGAAUGGGACAUAAACCUAACAACUUCAAUGACAAAUUUUUCUGAACAGGGGAAAAAAACAUCACCAAAUUCACUGAGAAUACAUUACAUAGGAUGAAGGAGCAAUACUCAGAGCCGCAGCUCCAUACUACUUGUCAGACAUAGAGAACUGAUACUAUAUACUAGUUGUUGGGGUGGGAUUGGCGUGGGAUGUGGGGGAUCUGUGUGUGGCUUUUGACAAUUUCUUUGGAAUCCUCAUGUCUUACUCAUUGUUAGAAAAAAGGUUGGUCCAAAUCAGAUGUUAGGUACUAUAUUUGAAUAUUAUAUGAAUCCUAUAAAUUUAAAUGGCCAAUUUAGGUGCAAUCAAUUAGAUUAAUUUCUCAGAGGUCAAAUUAUAUUUCAACAAAAUAAUGUUGCAGGAAUGCUAGUCUUAUCUGUUUCCAACAACAGAAACAAUUUCAGAACAAUCUGAGAUGGUGGGUGUCAAAAUCCUCUUUCUUGUGCUUUUUGAAGUGGAACGACCCAUCUUUUCUUUGCCUUCUUUCUCUUCCUCUCAGUGUUCAUCUACUCCAUGCCCGGGUACAGCUGUAGCAUUAAGGAGCGGAUGCUGUACUCCAGUUGUAAGAGUCGACUGCUGGAUGAGGUGGAGAAAGAUUACCAUCUGGAGGUUUCCAAGAAGGUAAUCAGCUGAAAUGCACACAUUCUAAACACAAUAUGGUCUUUGUGUUUUUACAAUAAUGGUCUGUGUCUGAGUGGAAGUGUGCAUUUACUCAGUGUUAUUGUGUCUGUUUACAGAUGGAGAUUGACAGUGGGGAUGAGUUGACAGAGGAGUUCCUGUAUGAUGAGGUCCAUCCUAAGCAGCAUGCCUUCAAGCAGGCCUUCGCCAAGCCUCGUGGCCCAGCAGGGAAGAGAGGCAACAAGCGUCUCAUCAAGGGCCCAGCGACUAGGGAGAGCAGGCCGGAAAACUAGAGAGAGGGACAGAGCUUGGUCGUCUCCCCUUCCCUGAAUCCUCCUCCUGUUGCCACGGCAGCUUGUUUGGCCACGAGGAAGGAAAAGGAGAAGAAUUUCUGUCAUUUUGAUUUUCACCUCCCUUUGCUUGUGUUUUAACAAUGUGUCAUUCAUGUACGUGCUAUUCAUGAACAUCAACUAUAGCAGUGGUUCCCAAACUGUGGGGGCGCGAAGGGUCGGCAGGGGGAACUCAGUCCGGCUUUCAGCUUACUCCAAACUUACUCUGCAAUUUCCAAAUUGGUUAGUGCAUCAGCAGUUUUCCUCUUGUCAAUCAUUGCAGACCUUUGAGAGAUAUUUACUGUAUACCUUGUUAGAAAUGUCCAGAUCAACUAGCCCAUGUCAGCAAACGUUUUUUAGCUAGGUUUUUAACCCAUUGAUUUGAGUCACUCAAAUAUCACAUGAACACACAUAAGACAUG